AUGGCUGCGGUUGCUGCUGCUGCUUCACCGUCGGUCCAGCCAGGCUCUUCCACCGUUCUUGACAACCUGAAUGAUGCACAAUGCAGGGCAGUUUGCUCAGAGGCUUCGACGGUCGCCAUCAUGGCAGGCCCUGGGAGCGGCAAAACCCACACCCUGACCUCGCGUGUUGUCUGGCUCGUCGAUGCCCUCGGCUACCAACCUCAGAACGUCGUCGUCGCCACCUUCACCGUCAAAGCUGCCCGUGAGAUGCGCGAGCGUAUAGGGAGGGCCUUGGGCCAUGCUCGCGGGAGUAAGCUUGUCUUGGGCACCUUUCACAGCAUCGCCCGUCGGUACCUGGCCGCAUAUGGCAGACACAUUGGCCUGGACCAGAAAUUCAGCAUUGCCGAUGACGCAGACUCUAAGGCCAUCAUUACUCGCGUCUGCAAGCGUCUGCAGCUCAGCAUUGAUCCUGUUCAGGCCCGGGCGUGGAUCAGCAAGAGGAAGGCCAAGGGCAAGGAGUGGAAGCCCACCCCACUGAGGCGAAAGCGGAGCGGCGAGGCAGCAGAAGGCUCGAGGGCGUUUGAGACCUGCUACCAGGCGUAUCAAGAUCACCUCGAGAGAUCAAACCUUCUCGACUACGACGAUCUGCUUGUCCGCUGCGUGGAACUCCUCGAAAAGCGCCCCGCCUGCGUGUCUAACAUCGAGGCCGUGCUUAUCGAUGAGUAUCAAGACACAAAUGGGGUCCAGUACGACCUCAUGCGUCUUCUCGCGCAGACAAGGAACCGGAUCACGAUAGUCGGUGAUCCGGAUCAGAGUAUAUACGGGUGGCGGUCGGCGGAGAUCGCCAACCUGAGGCGACUUUUUGAUGACUUUCCGAAGACUGACCAGAUCUCUCUCGAGGAGAACUACCGCUCCUCGCAGGCUAUCCUAGACACCUCCCUGAGUGUCAUCCAGCAGGACGCCAAGAGGUACCAGAAGGUGCUCAGACCAGUCCAUGACAAAGGCACUCGGCCUACAUUGAGACGCCUGAAGAGUUCAGCCGAUGAGGCCUCGUGGAUAGUUUCCGAAAUACGUCGUACGCAGAUGAUGUCGGGGCGCAUGAUCGGACCUGAAGAUAUAGCCAUUCUCCUGCGAUCGGCUUCGCUGUCUAGACAUCUCGAGACAUCCCUCGGCAAGGCAGGAAUUGCGUACAGGAUGGUCGGUGGCUUCAAGUUCUACGAGCGAGCGGAAAUCAAGGUCCUUCUCGACUACCUCAGGGUCAUUCACCAACCGGAAAACAAUGAUGCCCUUGCAAGGAUCAUCAAUGUACCCAAGCGCGGCCUUGGAGAUGCCACAAUCAAGGCCCUGCUCGAGGAAGCCGAGCGGUCGUCUCUGAGCCUCUGGAACCUGCUGACCAGACACUGUCGAGGUGAUCGAGCCGCCAAGACCAGUAUCAAGAAGACAGUUGAGCAGAGGAUCAGCGGUGAACUGAUCCGUCUGGUUCUUGACAUACAGAAAAAGGCCCGACAGCCGACAGACCAGUGCCCUUACACCCUGGUCGACAUCAUUGAUGAUGUCCUAGCGAGGCUCUCGUUCGAGAAAUACCUUCAGGAUUCAUACCGCGAUGAGUACGAACAGAGGUGGGCCAAUGUGCAAGAGUUCCGGGCGCUUGGAAGUGACUUCAUCGGAGAUGGGAACAUUGACGUGGAAGACGACCUGCCCGAGAUCGAUGGGCUGCAUCAGACCAAAGACGACGACGUUCUUGCCAGAUUCCUGGCCAACGUCUCGCUGGCUUCAGACGCCCAGAAUAAAGGUCAGGAUCAGGCUUCGACGCCCAUGGUCACCAUCUCUACCAUCCAUGCUGCUAAGGGUCUCGAGUGGCCUGUUGUUUUCAUACCGGCAGCCUACAAUGGAUCCAUCCCUCACAUGCGCUCCGAUGACACAGAUGAGGAGCGCCGGCUUUUCUGCCCAUUGGUGAGCACCUCGUAUGGUGGACAGGCCGAAGUAGAGUUAUCAACUUUCCUCGAACCUGUCGCGAAACUUUUUGGCAGGAUCGGGCCUGAACUCGAAUGCCAUCGACUGGAGAUGAUUGGGAGGAUUCUUGGGCGCCAGGUUCCGACUCAGCAGUUGAUAUACGACGGUCUGCCUGGUGGAUUCAGUCCAAGUGACGAUCUGUAUCCCGAAGAUCCUGCGUCACAGCAAUAUGAGAUGGGCAUCAAUCCUUUAUGGGAUGACCUCUCGUCUGAAGCGCCUCGGAGGAAACGGCCACGGCUGACCGGCCCAACGCAUGAAUCACAGGGCAACGAGGAGCUGGUGUGGGUAAGGAAUUACUCGACUACGAUGGAGCAGCAGCAGCCGACAUUCACCAUGGCCUCCCAGCUCGGCUUCGUCACUUCUGGCUCCCACCAAGCUACCCUUGGUUCACUCGAUCCCGCCGGUGGCGCAGCAGUGAACCGAGGCCCCAGAAAGAGCAAGGCGGCUCCUACAGGAGGUCAAACCACACUGCUCAGCUUUGUCAAGGGGCGAUCUGUGAAAGGACCUCAGGAAAAUCCGGGUCUUUCGCACUCAGGUUUGCAGCGUAUGGAGUUGGAGUCUCGUGUCUCAAGACCCAAGAACGCAGAAGAGGGCCGACUCAACCGCCCUGCGAUCGAACCACAGCUGUCUUCUCAUAGAGUACGUCCAGGCCCGAUCUCAAAGCCGAAGCCCACGGCGGCGAGACUAGGGGCACCAGGUUCGAAGGGACGAUAUGUGCAUUUCUCCAGUUCGCCUCCAAGACCCACGACACCAAAUAACGAAGCUGAAGCUGGUGACAUGACGCCACAGGAGUGUCGCGAGGGACCUGGUUCUGUGGGAUCCCAAUCUACAGCUUCACGUCCGGCGGCGAGCCUCCAUAACACGACAAUGAACAUGCAGAAAACACAUGUUGGUGUCAAGCGCCCUCCAGGCCUAGGCCUGGAUGUGCCUACGGAACGGAUUGAAUUUCCUCCUUGUGUUGGAGGAUGCUUACGUUCUGGUCUCGGGGGAACUUGUAAGCAUAACGGUUCGCUCCGCGUUAAAAUACUCGACAGCCCCGACAAGCGACAAGAGUUGUCAGGCAUGCAUGGCCAAUUCGAAACGUCUCUUUCGUCAAAAGAUUUCAAAAUGGCCACUGUUCAACUUGUCAAAUCCCCAAUGCUUCGCCAUAUUCUCAACAAGCCGAAUAUGCUUGCUACCUUGCGGGCCACAGGUGUUAACACUCCGAUCAUGACUGUCCGCCGCAGCCGCAGCGCCUUCUCUACGUCCAAGAACACCGGACCCAACAACAAAUUCAACGUCAAUGACACCGAAAUCCCCAAAUUCAGCCUCAGCGGCCUCGGCCUCAGUCGUAGGACGCGUCUCUGGCUUGCAGCCGGUCUUGUCAUGCUGGGAUGUAUUGAGAGUGCAGCUUGGAUUAAUUUCUGGCCCAAAAUUACCGGGCGUGAUCGACAGCAGCCAUCGGAAAAGAGCUGA